GACAGCUUUACAUCGCCAAAGUUCACGUUGAUGAUGGAAAAGUGUCCACUUGACAUACAAGAAAUUUCCAUAAAACGAAUCCAAGAGCCUCCUCACUGUGAGAGCUGCAUUUGUUUUGAGGACAAAAUAGAAACUGAACACAAAUUUAAAAUAUCCCCUCACUGCAUAUUAGAACAGCAUCUUCGUCAUGUUCCCCAAUCAAGUAUCCCUGACUGUUUCUCUGAACACCAUCACCUCGAAAGCCUCCAGUGUCCAGGCUUCGAAAAGUUUAUAGACUCUCCUCCCCCGAAGAACUUGCAUCAUCAAAAAUUCCAUGCAUGUUGUAACAGCGACUUUAUGAAACUGAAAUUAUUUCUGUGGCACUUAGAUGCUUCCUUGUUGGAUGAUUACGUUAAGCGAAUUUCCGAAAACUUAGAUAUAGAUGGCUACAAAAGAUUAUUUCGAGAAUUGUGGGACAGAAAAAAGCAGUUUAAAGACACGAUACUUUCCUCUCGAUGUUUCAGUGAGCUACCAAGUAUAUGUCACGCUUGUUUCCUGGAAGACCUCUGUUGUUAUCAUGAUUUCUGUGAUCUCGAAAAGAAAGUGGAUCAAGUGCAGCAUGAAUUUCCCAAGAACAAAUGUAAUUGUGGUUCCAAAGGAAAUGUGGCUCCAUUUAUUCAAACAUCCACACAAAAAGUAAUGCCAGAGAAAACGCCUGGAAGUGAUGAAUCACUGGACUUAAAAACAAUGGAAUUAUUACAGAAGAUAUUUGCAAGCGAUGAUUCCCUCAUGUCAAGUGGAAAACAAUCAACAGAAAAUAAAUCUGCAAGUGAUGAUACUCUACUCUCAAAACGAAAAGCUUCAACAGACAGACCAUCUUUAAGCGAUGGUUCUGAGGCAUCAAAAGAAAGCCAGUCCAUGAAAAAUGAAUCCGUAAAUGAAGAUUCACAGGAAGAUAAAUUACAAGCAGAAGCAUCAAAAGACAAUGAUUUACAAGAGACUAAGGACAAAGAAAAAUAUCCAGUAUUUUCUAGCAAUCGCAAUUCAGUCCUUUAGAAACUUGCAGUUAAAAUAAGAUUAUAACUUUAAAUUCCUAUGUUUAACAGAUUAGUUCAGAGAUAUAUGAUAUCCCAUUUCUACAAAGAAGUUAAUAAAUAUUUAAGCAGCUAGUAA